GAGAAUUGCAUUUUGGGAGAUUGAGUCCGUGGCGCUGCAUGUUCUUUAUAGCUACAGUUGUAUGUUUUGUGGACUCUCGUGGAGGACACAGCUCGGAGCCAGAUAGCAGUGAAGUAACAUGCGAGGGGCUGUUGGAAGCUAUUGCAGCAGUUUUGCUCAGUGGCAAUAGGAGCUGGAAAUUGAAUCACAAACCCUGAGGUGACUGGACAGCCUGCUGAACCACAGGCUGAGAAAGGAGAAUGGGGAAGAAGGAUGCCAGUGCGACCGGAUUACCAGUUGAUCAGUAUCGCAAACAAAUUGGUAAGCAGGACUACAAGAAGACAAAGUCAGCCUUAAAGGCCACGCGUCUGAAAGCUGAAGCAAAGAAGAAUUCCUCUGGAUUCAGGGAUGCCUUCCUGGUCAUCGCAGCGAUCCUACUCUUUGUCCUCUGUGUGUAUGCCUUCUUCUACCUCAACCUGAGCACGGAGAUCAACCUGGAUCUGGAUAUGGAUUAAUAAGAGGAGGACAGUAUAAUGUUCUUGUCUCUACAUGUUAUGCACAAGGACAAGAGGGGAAUGAAGGAUGAAAACAUGCAGUCAAAUGACCGUGUCCUAAUAGCCAUAUAACAAAUGCAGGGUUUAGUCUGGAACUGGUCGCCACAGUCAGUCAGUUACGCACUUUUGGACUGAACUGUAUCUUCAGCAGAGGUGACAAUGCAUUGAAUGACUCAAGUUUGAAAUUUGUUUUGGAUCUAGACCUUAAGUUUCUCCUUUUUAAUUUUCUGCAUGAGAACACACAAUGAAACUGUAAUGAUUAUUAUACUGACACCUAUUAUACUUAAAUAUUUCUGCUUUUUUUCAGAACUCAGAUCUGUGAGUGUAGCUUUGAUUUCCGUUCCCCGAAAAAGUCAGUGACCUCUUUCAAAUAUUCUGUUUGGGGCAGAAAAAAAAUCCAGCAAAGCAAAGAAGCCUCUUUUUACACAAGUCUUCCGAUCUACAGUCAAGACCGAGCUCUGUUAAUCACAUUCUUCUGAGUCACGUCCCACUGUUGUCUUCACUAAUAGAAAAAUGUAAAUCUCCCGCUGAACCUCUCGUCACAUCGAGACAAACACUCGCCUCACAUUCCAGUGCACAAACCUCUCCUCCCGGAUAUCUGGAGAUCACAAAGUGUGAGAUUAGAAUCCACAAAGCCCUCGUCUUGAUUGAACAUGUGUGCAGAAUACAGAGCAACACAUUGUACCUGCUGCACAUACAUGCAGCACAGAGACAGACAUCCACAGGAUUAGCAUUACAAAUAUGAUCCUGUUCUUUCAUUUGAAUGGAAAUUACAGAGAAGAAUGAUGACUGAAUGGAGGUGAGCCUACAUGUUUCUCAGAAGGAACACCUUGAUAAUUUUUUCUUGUAUGUAUUGUUGUGAUGUGUCUCUGUAGAAAGGAAUCUUUAUUCCACCACUUAACGCUUUGUGCACUGGCGCUAUAGGUGCAAGGAUUGACCUUCCAUUAACUAUUUCAGUCCAAGUGUUUCCACUGUUGGAGAGCUUCUUUGUUAGCAGAGGAGACAUUUAGUCAAUUCUUUUUUGCACAUUUUUCAAUUUAUAUUUCAUGUUUUUCUAAGCACACAUCAACUCACAAUGGCAAUGCUGCUGUCUAAAAGUCUAAUACGACUCUUUUAUAUUCAUAAAAGGUCACGCACACACAAGAGGCCUUGUGAUGUCUUUUCAUUCCUAACAUCUUUUUUUGUGCCUCUUUGUAAAAACAAGUCUUAUGUCGGCGGCUGACAUCAUUCUCGAAAUGUGAGACAGAUUUUCAGGUUUCAGUUUCUGCCUUUUUCCCCCCUCGUUUCUCCCAUGACCUCCCGACCUCUUGUAAAAAAAUACUACAUAUCCAAGAAACCAUUAUGAUAAGCGUACCCUCACAUCCAUUGGCUUUUAUCUGGUCUCGAAGCAUCCAAACCCCCCCCCUACUCCACCACUGUCACUCACAUGUAUAACAAUAGAUAGCCUGACCCAAAAGACCUUCAUACGUGACUCAUGUUAUCUAAAAGGUCACCAUUACCAACGACAAGAGCUGUGACAUUGGCACAAUUGAAAAGGAUCAGGCAGCACAACCUUUUCAUUCAGACCCAUGUUUGGAAAGAUGAGAUUCAAGCUUUUUUUCACAAUAGUAUGAACAUUAGUGCUGUUAUUGAAUUGACCUGUAUGUUACAUAAUCAUUUUCCGGUUUGCUUUGUCAUUAUGAUUCAGUUAUGGGACACUGUGUGAUAUAUUCUGAAUGAUUAUUCUGUAUUUUUGGUUGAAUUACUUUUAAAAUCAUAUCUCUUUGUAAGGAAAUAUAAAUAGUGUGACAGAAGAUUAAAGAACUUUUUCAGUUUUCAAUACA